AUUUCGCAGGUGAGCUUCACUUGCUGGCCAGCUGCAGAGCAAGGGGGCAUGAGCCAGCCAUCAGGGGUGUCAUCAUAGACGAGCUAGCCUAUUAUAUGAAUGUCUGCAAUUCUCAGCAGCGCUGACUGUUACAGAUUUAGCAAGUUGUGUUGACACGGUGACUUCUGACCUAAAAAAAUAACUUCAUUUUUUGUCACUUACUCCUCCACAAAAACACUGAAUAGGCUACACACGGCACUCCCUUGGGAAGGUGAGCGCGCGUGUGUCAGUGAGGGGCAAAGUAUAAUGAGCUUCCAUUUUUGAUGAAUGUUUGGACUGAGCCAAGGUACACACACCUGUCCUACACUUCAUUUGUGAAAAGAGGCGCGUUGAAUAUUUGGAACAACAGGAAAAAGGGUUGCUUCUGGUGGGAGUGUCAAAUAACUUGGAUGAGUGGUGACGACUACAGACAAAAACGCCGACCCGGAAAACACGGUCAACUUUGCCUAACAUCAAGUGGAAUGUAAACGGCCAGUAUGGCUAACCCGAGAAGGAGGCACCACUCUCCGGAUGACAGUGGAUUGACCCACUGCAAAUUCGUCCUGGUCUUCGCCGUUCUCAUGGAUUUUCUCGGCGUGGCUGCGCUACUAGUUGGCGUUUUCGCCGACCUGGAGAUCCGCGGCAGAGACUUUGGCGACCUGUUUGUGUACUCCGGCGCACUGCUCCUUCUCAUCUCCAUGGGCGGAUGGGUCAUUUGGUAUAGCGGCAACAUCGACGGCUUGGCUGUUGGAAAAGAGCUAACCUAUAAACCGAGUGCAGUGGACCGGGUUGCGCGAACCCUCAGUCGCCGCAUUCGAAUGCCUCGCAGAAGAAGCGAGCCCUGAGCGAUGGCACACCACAGACUGUUCAAAAGCUCCGCAGGAGCGGACAUAAACGUGCGUGCAAUAGGUACAAAUAACUUUCACGGGGCUUGUGGAAUGGAUGACAACGCAUACGUGCGCCAUACGUGUGGACAGUGUUUGGGAGACAUUUUGACAUUAUUAUAGCCUAAUGAAGUUUGGCAACCAUAAUAAUAAUAAAAAAGUGUUCGUGCGUUUACAAGGCGUUACCAGCCUUACAGUGUGUGUGAAAAUGAAAAUGUUUAACAGUGCUUGGUCGACUUAACUCAAUUAUAGCACAGUUUAUGCAUGUUUGAAAAAUGGAUUUUAGUUCUAAUGUAGGCCUACUCAAAAGGCAAACUUUGAAAUUGUGUUUAUUAAAGGAAAUAAAUCUGC